AUGUUUCCGCCGUCGGCAGGGUACAACCUCGAUAUCGAGGCCAUCAGCGGCAUUAUGGGUUCCAUCUCAAUUGCCUGCUGGGUGGUCGUCUUCUCUCCUCAGAUCAUCGAAAACUUCAGACGCAGCAGCGCCGAGGGGUUGAGUAUAGAGUUUGUUAUCAUAUGGCUUCUUGGAGAUUUCGCCAAUAUCAUCGGUGCUGUCAUGCAAAGGGUUCUUCCUACAAUGGUGAGUUUACAGGUACUCGGUCUGGUGGGAUUAAUUCCAGAAUUAAUGGAAAUCGUUAGNAUCAUCUUGGCCAUCUACUACACAUUCGCGGAUAUCGUCUUGCUGGCUCAAUGCUUCUACUAUCGCGGAUUCCACUUCAGAGAUCCCAAGCCCGUCAAGCCUUCGGAUGUGGAGCAAGAAACCCCCACCGAGCGCUCUGGUCUUCUAUCAGCCAAUGGCAACGGCAGCAGCGAUCUCCCUCGCACACGCUCGACAUCGUCAUUCGGCGAGCGCUUCGUGAACGACGGCGUGCACAUGUCGCCCGCAAACCCCAUGCACCCAACCCCCAAAGUGCAUAGACCGCGCUCUGCCAAACGCUCCAUUAUGCAAAAACUGCUUUUCAAUCUGACUUGCAUUGUCCUCGUCGUGGCAGCAGGCAUUGCAGGCUACUAUCUCAGUCCCUCGUCCAGCAGCAACGGCAACGAAACCGAAGAACAGCAAAACGACAGCUUGCACUUCAACAUCGUCGGCCAGGUGUUCGGCUACCUGUGCGCCGCACUCUACCUCGGCAGCCGUGUACCUCAACUCCUGCUCAACUACCGCCGCAAGAGCACCGAAGGCCUCAAUGCCCUCUUUUUCCUCUUCGCCUGUAUUGGAAACUUGACAUAUGUGCUCAGCAUCUUUGCCUUCAACCCCAUCUGCCACCACGGCAAACACGGCCAGAAAUGCAGACCGGGAGAGGCCAGUGCCAUUUACGGCAGAUACAUUUUGGUCAACCUGAGUUGGUUGCUCGGAAGCCUGGGCACGCUUUUCCUUGACUUUGGCGUCUUUGCUCAGUUUUUCAUCUACAGGAAUCAGGAUGACGACGAGCAAGAUUUUGAAGAUGUCAUUGAGGAGGAGGACAGAGGAAGAUCUGUGCAAUAG